AUGAAAUAUUUUAGAUUUAUUUUACGUUUCUCUAUUACGUUUAUUACCUUAGUUAUCACAAAGUCAUACCAAUAUAAUUUUUCAAGUCUCUCACCAGACUGUUCUACAGCCGUUCAAAAUUUUCUCAACUCAUCAGAUUUCAAUUCAUGUUUUCCCUACAACCAACUCAGUAAUCAAAUUGAUUAUUUUGCAAACAUUCAAGAUUUAUCAGGAAUUGAAAGUAAAAUAAUAGGUGUAGAAGAUUCAAUAUGUAAACUUCCAAAAUGUUCUGACUCUGUAAUAUCAAAUUUCAAUUCCACUUUUCAUUCGAAAUGCUCAACUGAUAUCGCUGCUAAAAGAACCGAUGCUUUAUCAAUAUCCGCACUGAUUUAUGAAUAUUCACCGCUUAGGGAUUCACUUUGCUUUAAGAAUUCUACUGGUGGAUAUUGUCUUAUUGAAACUUUUGAAAAUUUUUUAAAAGACGGCGGAAAUUAUGCAAAUUUGUCUUCGCAAGUGUUAUGUACAACCUGCAACAAGGCAAUUAUCAAUACUUGGGUGAAUUAUAUUAAAUCACACCCUCCUCCACCUGAACUUAGCACUGAAUUUGAUGUCGGAUUUACUUACGUAAACUCUGAGGUCAACAAAACAUAUGGAAAAGUUCCUAUUUCAGCAAAUAGUCAAUCUAGUAAUGGUCUAACCAUUUUCGAUAUAAAUUUUGCAAUGUUGACUGCGUCUAUCUUAAUGUCAUUCAUUUUUUACUUCUAG